CUUUUAUAUCCAACGUUCUCUCGCUUUGUUUUUUCGCCCGACAGCGGCUUAUUUUAUUCCUUCGGAGAUGCAGAUGCGGAGCUGUUGCUAGGGCUUCUUCUCGGAUUAGAUCUGAUUUAUUGCAGCUUAUGCUGUUGAUGCUCACAGUUUUGCCCGUCCUUACUGGAAGCUUGCUGGAGAUAGGCACAUAUCUGCUGUUCAUGAAGUCAUUCUCUGAAAUGGAAACCCUUGAGGACACCAAGGGAAGAGUGCCAAAUAUUGAUGACCUCAGAAUUAAUUGUUCUUAGAGUGACACAACAAGAUGGAGGGAGAGAUAACUGCAAACAGAGUGCUGGAUUACGCUGCCUUCCAGAUAUCAUCAAACCAAAACAGAUAUGAGGCAUUUGUUUGCAGCGAGGGCAAAACAGAAAGGCUAGCUUCUGGUGCUUUGGAUCAGCUAGCAUUGCACUUACCAGAAGCAAAAAGAUGUCAAUAUAAGUUAUCCAGUCAAAGCUUCCAGCUACAACUAGUCGAAAGCCUCGAGGACUCAUCCUGGUUCACCAAGUCCACUCUAGGAAGAUUCUUGCAUAUUGUCAAUUCGCCUGAUGUGUUAAAAUCUGUCAAUGCAAUUGAAAAUGAGAUGUCACAGUUGGAGGAUACCAGAAGAUUUCAUCUUUCUCUAUAUGUUAAGGAUCAUCCAGAUCAUCCUGGAAGUCAAACAGCAGUUUCUUCUGUCCUGACAGAUGGCUGCUUGAAUGAGGUGGGGCUAACACAGAAAAUAAAUGUUGAAACAAUGUCAUCAGAUGCUACAAAGAAUGACCUGCUGCGAGCAAUUGACUUAAGGUUCACAGUACUAAAAGAAGAGCUGGCAGCCUCUUUUGACCGAGCUGCAGGCACCACUUUGUCCAGUAAACAGAUUUCUGAUCUAGAGGCAUUUGCUCGCCAUUUUCAAGCAGUAGAUUUGAGGAAUUCAUUGGUGAAGUAUUUGGCUAUUGUUCCAAAGGACCAACUGGCAGAACCGACAGUUGAACAGACAACGCAUUCAGAAGAUAGAAGGAACAACUGUGAAGAUACUGCUGAAGCGAUUUGUCAGCCAAACCAACAAAUUGAUAUGGCAAAACCUUUCAGCGAUGGUUCCUCACCAGCAAAACUUGCACAAGUUGAGCGUCAAAGCUCAACAGAAAGUGAGGAAUCCUCUGACUCGAGUGAUGAAGAUCGGACUUGUGUUGAAAGAAGCAGGCCUCUUACAAGAUCUGCAUCACCUAGGAGGUCUGCUUCCCCCAUGCGACGAAUCCAAAUAGGAAGAUCUGGAUCUCGAAGGUCUACUGCACUUACUAUCAAGAGUCUUAAUUACUUUCCUGUCAGGGAAAGAAUUCCAUUUAACCGGGAUGCUGAUAGGAACAACAGUGGAGAUGAAUCUGACCAACCACAGAAGAAAUCUGACAACACAGUAAGAAGGAUGAGUGUACAAGAUGCUAUCAAUCUCUUUGAGAGCAAACAAAAAGGGCAGAAUUUGGAUAUUCAAAGGAGAGCUUCAGGAGUAUCUAUUAGUACCAAUAAAUCUGUAUUAAGAAGAUGGAGUGCAGGUACGGGCGAUUCUUUUGACCAUAGCUCACAGCAAAGUGCCACAAACAAUGGAUCCCUUAACACUUCCAUUGAUUUAGCCCCUGAGGCAGAGGAAAAGAACUUGACUGAAGUGAAGGUGGAGUCCAAUUUCCCAGGAAGCUUGAAUCCAGAUGAAAACACUCAGAAUAGGGAACCAUCAGAAGUGGUGAAGAUGGCUUCCCCUCCAAAGAAUAAUCCUUCUGAUUUAGUAAAAGCCCAAGCUGAGGAAAUUAGUGACCAAGCAGCGGCCUCUGCUGAACAGAAUCAACAUGAAGAAGCAGAGCUUAAUCAGAUGUUGAUGAAAAUGAUGGAGAGCAAGCCUGGAAGAUACCACGAGACUACUACCUCUACAGUUGCAUACCAGGAUGUCGCCUCCGAGCAGAAAGGGGGCUUGUAUAGUCAGUACAAGGAGAAAAGAGAUGAAAAACUUCGAGCUGAGAAUGCUGGAAAGGGUGCAGCAAAGGAAGGCCAACUUGAAGUGAUGCAGGAAAACCUUGAACAGAGCAAAGCAGUGACAGCCUCAAAAGCUGGGGGCAUCAUAGGGAAACAUAAUUCAAUAAGUAAUUCUCAAAGGCCACGAAGAAAUUUGUCUCCACCUGUGUUAGUCAAAAAGGAUGUUUCAAAAACAGCAUGUCCAAGAAAAGCUUCACCAAAAUCAUCGCCCUUGCCAACUUCACGUAACUCAUGGUCGUCCGGAUCUUCACUGAAGGCUAAUGGAUCACAACCAACUAAAACCUCUCCUAGGAUGGCUCCAAGCAAUACCACACCAAACCACAGAAAGCCCCAGUCAACACCUUUACGGGCUCAACCUAGCCCCAGAACAGAAAGACCGGUACAGAAAGGCAGGAAGGGAUCCCCAGCUGAUGCCAAACCAAUUUUGAGAAGUCGAGAAGAGCAGAAGAAAGUAAUGACAAAAACUAGCAAAGUUGCGAAAACCAAGAGUCCAGGAGCAACUGGAGAUGUCUCCCGUGCUAUAUCAGCCAAACCAAAUUUCUACAACAAGGUCACAAAGAAGAGUAGUGUAGUACCGCUGGAGUCAAAAGCCUUCUCGAGAAAAGGAACUGGAAUAGGCCCUGGUACUGGCUCUGCGAUGGUCAAAACUAAAGUUUCUUUAUCAGAUGAUUCCGUAAAAAACAGUGGAAAUCUUGCUCAAACUGAAGAAAAGGAGUCUGUUCCUGUGACAGAUGAGUCAACCACUAAGGUACUAGAGGUUGAUCUCGUCCAACCAACAAAUCAUGUUGAUGCAAGUCUAGAAAAUUCACUAGAUAAUGAUUUGAUUCUUGAAAAAACAGAAAACUCGAACCAUAUAUUAGCUGUAUUAGACAAUGGCUUCCAGAACCGGGUGGAACCUCCUGCUCCUGAGAUUCAACCUGAUGAGGAUUUGGGCAUCUCAUCAGCUGCAUGGGUGGAAGUAGAGCAUCAGGAAGUUUCUGCUAAAUGUGACAAUGGCAUGUCAGAAAUCAGCAUCUCGCCUGGGAUUGCACCAGCAACAUCAUCAAGCCCCCGGAUCCAUCAUUCGCUGUCACAAAUGCUGCAAGCUGACUGCAGUGAACCAGACAUCAUUGAAUGGGGAAAUGCUGAGAACCCUCCAGCCUUCAUCUAUCAGAAGGAUGCUCCCAAGGGGUUGAAAAGGCUCUUAAAAUUUGCUCGAAAGAGUAAAGAAGCAAAUGCGACUGGUUGGGCGAGCCCAUCAGUCUUCUCUGAAGGAGAGGAUGAUCCAGAAGAAUGUAAAGCUGCAAACAAGAAGAAUUUGGAUUCCCUAUCGAGGAAAGCUGGCAUUGGUAAGGGAUAUGGCCAGCAGAAGACCAUUAUGUUAGGUGAAAGCCUUGAUGGUGGGAAUUCUUGCAGAAGGGCUACAGACUUCCUUGGGAUGCAUGACAUCUUAUCAGCUCAAUCAAGUAGAAGUAGUUUCACGUCUCUGAGAUCUGACGAGUCACGCGAAGGGCAUGUUCCAGUGGCAGCGACCUCAACCAAGGCUUCUAGGUCAUUCUUCUCUCUGUCAACGUUUAGGAGCAGCAAAUCAAGUGAGACAAAGCCUCGGUAAUACCCAGCAUCGUUCCAAGUCAUGGUGGAGAUCGGUUGCCGUCAACAAUUCCCCUCAACCAGGUGUAGACGCCAGGUCUGCUUUGAGGAAAUGUUUCCUUUCCACAUCCAGUUUUUCUUGUGUUUGGGCUGUUGUUAUUAUUUUGUUUAUAAUCCCUGCUUAUAUUGUUAUGUUUUACCUGUAAAUGUAAUAACUAUCUCAGUGAUUUUCUUCAGAACAUUAACAUGUUUCAUGUAAGGGCAAUUUAACACGUCCAGAGAAUACAUGUCUGGAGUGUCAGUACGCACCAUAAAUGAGUAGCUGUUAGCUUAUUUUAUUUUA